CUCCACUGAUGACGCGCUGCUCUCAUUUCCGGCGACCGCAGUCUGUUGUUGAAUGUACCGUUCUGUCCAGAUUCGGGAUGGUACUCGUCAAGCAAUACCAGGUGCUGUUGCCAUGUUCAGUAGAAGAGUACCAGGUUGGCCAACUGUACUCUGUUGCAGAGGCCAGUAAGAAUAACACAGGUGGAGGAGAGGGAAUCGAGGUCCUUCGAAAUGAACCUUACGAGAAGGAUGGGGAGAAGGGCCAGUAUACCCACAAGAUCUACCACAUACACAGCAAGGUUCCAGGUUUUAUUCAGAUGUUUGCGCCAGAAGGAGCCCUGGUUUUUCACGAGAAAGCCUGGAAUGCCUACCCCUACUGUCGUACUAUUGUUACAAAUGAGUAUAUGAAAGAUGACUUCUUCAUUAAAAUUGAAACCUGGCAUAAACCUGACAUAGGAACAACUGAGAAUCCUCACGGUCUUCCUCCUGAAGAGUGGGAGGAGAUCGAGAUUGUUCCGAUCGAUAUAGCCGACCGCUCUCAAGUGGAUGAUGUGGAUUAUAAACCAGAUGAGGACCCUGCCAUCUAUCACUCUGAGAAAACUGGCAGAGGACCUCUUGGACCUGAAUGGAAGAAAGAGCUUCACAAUGGUAAUUGUCCCUAUAUGACAGCGUAUAAACUGGUGACGGUUCAUUUCCGCUGGUGGGGACUACAGGGACGUGUGGAGAACUUCAUUCAUAAGCAGGAGAAAAGGCUUUUUACUAAUUUCCACCGGCAGCUGUUUUGUUGGCUGGACCGCUGGGUGGACUUAACUAUGGACGACAUUCGCCGGAUGGAAGAAGAGACGCAGAGGGAGCUAGACCAGAUGCGCAGCCAAGGUACUGUGAGAGGGAUGAAAGCCGGAGAGGACUAAGACGAGAUUAAAGAUUGAAGGAAAACAAAAUAGGGGCUACUUUUUAUUUGACCUCCUUCAGUCCUCAUUGGCCAAUCGCAACGUGCCACAUCACCAAGCCCUUCCGAACAGGAAAUUGUCAUCCCUCACCCAGGAUAUGUCCAUUGAGUGUGAAUGUUGGUGUGAAUGUGUACAGUAUGCAUGUGUAUCUGUGGUUGUGCAGUUUGACUUUACACCUCAUCAUUUGCUGCCAAUUUCUUAGGGAUUCACUUAAGAUACAUUAAGUGAUGCCGGCAUUUCUUUUUAUAAUUAUUAUAACUGUUUAAUGGUUUUUGGUUCAUUUUGCAACCAUAAGCUUUUUACUGAAUGCACAAGUGGAGUAAUGAAUCCCAAGCUUGUUUCAACAAUGAAACAUUUCACUACAUGUAUUUUGACUAUAAAUAAAUAAAUGACUGAGAAAUUUCCUUCCUAAUUCUGUUACGUUUGUCAUGUUGUUUGGAAAUGCCUCAAGGAUCAUUAUCAGAAAAUGGACAAAAAAUGGAAUAAAGGAGCUUGUUUUAUUCAUAUGAAGCUCAAAGCAUAACGGUUUUCUGGUAGUCUUUGGUUUGGCUCUGCACUGGUUGGAGUGCAGUGAAUGGUUGUUUCUUUUUUAAGAUGAGUGUAAGAGCAUUGAAACCCCUCCCACCUUUGACUGACAUGCCGCAGGACAUGCCUCUCCAUUUAGACGAGGAUGGCCUGAAUUUCAAAGUUCAAUUUACAAUAAUGUAACAACAAAUAAAAAAUGUCAUCGACUACCAUGA